CCGCAAGGGGGACGAAUGUUGGAAGCUUAGGAAGCAAAGCCAAAAACCAUUUGGCUAACAAUGGCGGCAUCUUAAUCCCAAAAUCAACAACACACUUCUAUAUAGAUAUAUAUAUACAUAUAGAGAGAGAAAAAAAAAGAGAGUUCCAAGAAUAGUUUUUUUUAUUAUUUCAAAGGACGGAAGCUUAGAUUAUACCAAAGGUUUAAAGGAGGAAUUGUUACUUUUGGGGUUGCGUUUAGUGGUGUGGGUGUUGUGAAGAUGGGGAGCGGAAAUAGAAGUGGCGUUAUGGGUGGAGGAGGUACAGAGAAAUCAGAAUCAGAAUCAAUAUCAUCAGAGUACAACAACAACUACUGUUGUGAUGUUGGGUUGGGUUUGAAGGUGCAACGCACCGAAUCCUACCCCAAUCCCAAAAGGACGAUGGUGAUACCUCACCAUCUUCCUCAGUCUCAGUCCCAGCCUCAUCAUCAUCAUCAUUUUCCUCCUUCUGCCGAGUCUCAGAACACUAUGAUGAGUAAUAGUACUAGCGUUGUGGGUUUGGGUUUUGCUUCUGGUAGUGAUAGUGCUGGCGUUGAUAGUGGGCCCAUUUAUUGCAACACAAGUAACAACAGCAGGUUCGCGUGUGUGACCAGCGAUAUAUACGAUGUUGUCUCUGAUUCCUCUCUUACCCUUUCUGCUGGUGCUGCUGCACUAGUAUUGCCGAGGACUUUCCACCCUUUCACAUCUGAUUUUCCUUUCAAAUCCCCCUCAGGAGGAAGCAUGCCAGCUCCUGUGGAAGUUCCUUUUACAGCGUCUCAGUGGGAAGAGCUGGAGAGACAAACAAUGAUCUACAAGUACAUGAUGGCCUCUGUCCCUGUUCCUGCUCAACUCCUCCUACCCAUUGCCAGAACAACCACCCCGGCCUCAUCAAAUAUUGUUCCUGCUACUUCCCAAUCUAACAUGUCUGGUUUGGAUAUGAGGUUUUCAAGUGGUUCUGAUCCGGAGCCAUGGAGGUGUCGAAGGACGGAUGGGAAGAAAUGGCGGUGCUCCAGAGACGUGGCUCCGGAUCAGAAGUAUUGCGAGCGCCACGCCCACAAAAGCCGUCCCCGUUCAAGAAAGCUGGUGGAAUCACAACCCCACAACACCACCACUAGUAGUACCACCACCACCACCAAUCUCAAAGCCCGACCACUCAUCAACCUUCAAGCUAAUGCUACACCCACUACUCAGCCCUUUCAAAAGCCUACUUUUAAUCACUUCCCAACUUUGCUCCCAGCUGCUUCGACAUAUGACCAACCCAGGUGUCCUGAAUGGUUCACGAAAAGGGACAACAGCCGUGUCUCUAUUAGCAUGAACCAACAAUGGCAGCAACUGAUGCAGUCAUCGUCAAGAGUGGGAUCGAAGAGAGACAACACCGAGUGUAACAAAGAAAUGUCAUUUUACCAGCUCUGCUACGGAGAAGGAAAAGAACCAAUGAACCAAAACUCGUAUAUUGGGGAUGGCCAAACACUGCAGAAUCAACAGCUGAAUGAUCAAUUAGUGUCUUUCCAAGCAAGUACUUUAGGUGGUGAAACAACACACACAACAAGGCACUUCAUUGAUGCUUGGUCUUCAGCGGAUAGAGAGGAGAUCAAUGAAAUCAGCAACAAACGCUCCGACACUUCAAGGGGGAAGCCACCACUGUCAUCCCUGACUCUUUCGAUGCCGGGUGGGAAUGGAAUUGAUGAAGAAAGUGAAUAUGCCCAAAUGGGGCUUGGGAUGAUGAUGGACUCGGAAAGAGAAACCGGUGGGGGUUUCAAAUCGCAGUGGCUCAACAACCCUGUUUCUUGGAUGAAUUCACCCCCUGGUGGACCAUUGGGUGAAGCCUUGUGCCUUGGCAUUGCCAGUACUGCAAAAGCCGGUUCGAACUUGCCAUCGCCUCGGGGCUAUAGCAACAGCACCACCACCGGCACGAGCAGCAAAAGCUCUUGUGAGGAAAGUGGUCAUGGGCUUCACUUCAUGAAGUGAGAUGAUCAUUGCAGUGGCCAUGGAUGGCAGCUCUAAUAAUUUAACCAACAGCUAAGUGAAAACUCUACGAAUGUGGUGUUUUGUUUUGUUUUUUUCAUUUAUUUGUUUUAUUCGCUGCAUAUAAAGCUUUGUUUUGCUAAUGUUUUUGCCUUGCUAUACCAGCUUUCUUUGUGCAUAUAAAUUCUCCUUAGCACAAAUCAAAAUGGUCUGCCUUGGUUGCCA